AUGGCCGGCGUGACGAACGAGCGCUACUGUACGGUGCUGCUGCAGCAAGUGACGGAAGAGAAGGCGGUGCCGCCGUCGCAGGAUGAGAUCCUCAAAGGCCUCGAGUCGCCCAAGGUCGAGCACAAGAUCCGCGCCGUGAAGAGCGCGAUCCUCGCGCUGUUGCAGGGCGAGCACUUCUCCAAAGUGUUGAUGCACAUUAUCCGCUUUUGCUCGACCCAGAGCGACCACACGCUCAAGAAACUGCUGAUGGUGUACUGGGAGAUCGCGCCUAAGUACGAACAGUCCCCCCAGCCCGCUGCGGGGACGGCUGCGGCCCCGCCCAAGCUCCUGCCGGAGAUGAUUCUCGUGUGCAAUGCCCUGUUGAACGACUUGAACCACCCAAACGAAUACAUUCGCGGCUGCAUGCUGCGUUUCCUGUGCAAAAUCAAGGAAAAAGACAUUCUCGAGCCGCUCAAGGACGCCGUGAAGAGCAAUCUCGAGCACCGCCACUCGUACGUGCGGAAGAACGCCGUCAUGACGGUGUAUACGAUGUACAAGACGUUCGGCGACGUGGUGAUCCCGGACGCUCCUGAGCUCAUUGAGCGCUUCAUUCUCAAUGAGAGUGACGCUGGCGCUCGACGCAAUGCGUUUCUGAUGCUGAAUGACUGCGCUCAGGACCGCGCGGUGACGUUUCUGAUGAACGCUAUGGACCAAGUGCCCAAGUUUGGCGAUGGCUUUUCACUCGUGAUCUUGGAGACGACACGCAAAGUGUGUCGUCAGGAUCCCGCUCAGAAGGCGCGCUUUGUGCGCUGUGUGUUCCAGCUGCUCAACUCGUCUUCGCCUGCGGUGAGCUAUGAGGCAGCGUGGACACUGGUGACGCUGUCUGCGGCGCCCACGGCCGUGCGCGCGGCUGCUAAGACCUACUGUGGACUGCUGAACUCGCAGAGUGAUAACAAUGUGAAGCUGAUUGUGCUCGAUCGACUUGCAGAUCUGAAGAAACACCACACGAAAGUGCUGCAAGAGAUUGUGAUGGAUAUCAUGCGCGCAUUGAGUUCGCCCAGUCUUGACAUUUGCAAGAAAGUGUUGGAGAUCGCAAUGGAUCUUGUCUCCGUGCGGAACAUUGAUGAAGUCGUGACGCACUUGAAGAGAGAGGUCGUCAAGACACAGGACAAGACCCGCGAAAAGGCCGGCGAGUACCGUCACCUGCUUAUCAAGGCCAUCCACGCAUGCGCUGUCAAGUUCCCGGAAGUCGCAAACGCUGUGGUGCACCUGCUGAUGGAGUUUCUCAACCAGCCAGAUGGUGCGAUGGAUGUCGUGCUCUUCGUGCGUGCAAUGUGCGAAAGCUACCCAGACCUUCGUGGGGGCAUUCUACAGAAGCUGAUGGUAUCCUUUAGCGACAUUUCGUUGGCCAAGGUGUAUCGAGUGGGGCUCUGGAUCCUAGGAGAAUAUGCUACUUUGCCUCCAGAGGACGGUACGGAGAGCGACACGUCGAUUCUCGAAGCUGCCAACACCAUUUUCGGUGCUAUCGGUAGUCUACCGUUGAUUACGGACGCGAUGCUGAAGGCGUCCACCGAAACUGCCGAAAAAAGCACAGAGGAUCCAACUGCUGCUGGUGCGGCUUAUUCGAAGCCUGUCACGAAGAGCGUUGUCCUGGCCGAUGGCACGUACGCGACCGAGACGUCUUAUGCUGCUCCUGCUGCAAAGUCAACGGUGACGGACGAGGAAGGCGUCCCAGGCUUGCGGCGUUUGCUGCUGAAUGGCGACUUUUUCCUUGGCGCAGCAGUAGCUUCCACGCUGACGAAGCUGUGUCUGCGUGUGUCCAACGGUGACCUUGCAAACGCCACUGCCCGCGAUGCUGUGAUAAAGAAGCUGGUUGUGGAUUCUACACGAUGCAUGUGUGCAAUUGUGGCAUAUGGCCAAUCUAAGGCGAGCAAGCACGAGAUUGACCAGGACUCUGCUCGCCGCAUCCUUAUGGGUGUGCGUGUGCUACUAGACCCCGCAAGUGCUCAGGCGACACACGCGAUCAUUACCGAAGAAUGUCGUGCUGCGUAUCGUAACCUUCUCGACGCCCAGAAGGCACAAGAGGCAGAAGCUGCGCGCUCUGCGGCAGGUGGUGCCAAUGGCGAGCCAGUGACUCACGCAGACGAUUUGAUCAACUUUCGACAGUUGCGCGGCAAGAAGGCUUUGGGCUCAACUGACAUCGACAUUGACGACGGCGCUGACAUCAACCGCGCCCUCGGUCAGCAGGGCAACGGUGCUGACAACGAAUAUGCUGGUGCGAUGCGACAUGUGCACCAAUUGACAGGUUUUGCGGACCCUGUGUACGCCGAGGCUUAUGUCACGGUUCAUGACUACGACAUUGUGCUGGAGAUUCUAGUGGUGAACCGCCUUCCCCAGACACUUACAAACCUAUCGGUGGACUUGUCUACUAUUGGCGACCUCAAGCUCGUGGAGCGCCCUCAGCCGCAAACCAUCGGGCCACUUGACCAGCGCACGAUCCGUGCCAACAUCAAGGUGAGCUCGACUGAAACGGGCCACAUCUUUGGUACUAUCGUGUACGACUCGGCAUCAGGUGCAGAGAAGACGUAUGUAAAUUUGAACGAUAUCCACCUGGACAUCAUGGACUACAUCAAGCCAGCCACGUGCACAGACAGCGCUUUUCGUGCCAUGUGGGCCGAAUUUGAGUGGGAGAAUAAGGUGGCUGUGCACACGGAGCUGUCGAGUGUGUUUGAGUUCCUGCAGCACGUUGUCGACAAGACGAACAUGCGCUGCAUGACGCCCACAGCAUCACUCGGUGGCGACACGAACUUCCUGGCUGCGAAUCUGUACGCCAAGAGUGUCUUCGGCGAAGACGCGCUUGUCAACCUCAGCGUCGAGAAGCAGGACAGUGGCCGUAUUGCUGGUUACAUUCGUAUCCGCAGCAAGACGCAAGGCAUUGCCCUCAGCCUAGGCGAUCGCAUCACCGCUGUGCAGCGCGGCAAGGAGGACCAGAGCAAGCGAAAGAAGUUUCUUGGUUAG